UCUUCACUAGGCACAACUAAGCCGCUGAAGUACAUUCAUAUUUGAAUAUCUUAAAGGUAGCAAAAUAUUGUAGUCUUCAAGAUGGCUUGUGGCAAAGUUCUUUUCUGUUUUGCGCUUCUGGUAAAUCUGAGCGUUAUCUUAGCAGAAGAAGGUGCUGACAGUAAGAAUCAAAACCCCUCACCUUCUGAACCGCAAAGGGAAGAACACGGAUCAUUGGAUGAACGAUUUAUACCCUUUUUAACACCGUUUGCAAAUAUCUUCUCACAAUUCGCCAACAGCACCGGCUUGCCUUUCUCUUCGUUCUUAAAUUCUCGGUCACAAGGCAUUGAUAUCGAAACCGACAACCAAACUGACAGCAAUGAACAUAGUGACAGAUUCUUCUUCAGAUUUCCUCGCUUCGUCGGAUGCAAUUACACAGAGAACCCCGGUUUGGCCUGCUAUAGCUGCCGCCAACGUGUAAACUGCCUGCGUAGCAACGUGGGUAUUGUGACGAGGUGCAGCUUCUUCUUACCGUACUGCAGCGGCAACGGGACCUGCUCACAGACCCCGGGAUCAUUGUGUUAGAUACACAUGCUCCUUUAUUAUUGACUGACCGAAGUCAACAGCGUCUUAAAUCGAUGUCAUUUAUGAAAACUAUCGACCCUAGAAGCCAGUACGCGACAUUUUUUCUUUUACUAUUGAUUGAUUAACAUAAAUUGUUAACUUAUAAUGAUCAAC